GGAGGAGGUGGGAGCCGAAGCAGGAAGGAAGGCAGGCAGAGAGGGAAGGGAGGCAGGCUGUGAAUGCCAACAAGCCCCGUCGUAAUCACACAGCUCCGUAGGUAGGGUUUGAUAAAAACGUCUUGCAAUGGAGAGGAACGACGACCACUAUUAAACACCUACUAUGCGCCAGUGCCGCGUUCGCCCUGUGCGCGUGCAGCAGCCUCACCGUCGUCGGCACGUUUGAUCAGAAAAACCGUCUUUUCCGCUGAGUGAAAUGUAUCGCGACUGCUCGGGAUUCACAUUCUGACAAUGGAGAUUGAAAAUAUCGUGGCCAACACGGUUCUCCUGAAGGCAAGGGAAGGUGGAGGAGGGAAGAGGAACGGUCGCAGUAAGAAAUGGAAGGAGAUGCUAAAACUCCCCCACAUCAGCCAGUGUGAGGAGCUACGCCGCACUAUUGAGAGGGACUACACCAGUCUAUGUGAGAAGCAGCCCAUUGGUCGGCUGUUAUUCCGUCAGUACUGUGACACCAGGCCAGAGCUGAAGCGCUGCAUUGAAUUUAUGGAUGCUGUGGCCAUGUACCAGCUAGCUCCUGACGAGAAGAGGAGGGACUAUGGACUGAAUGUUUUAGACACAUACUUUAAUAACGGGUCGGCAGCCCAUCUGCCAGACGUACCCCAGGAUGUGGUGGCUGGGUGUCGGGAGAGGCUGGAGCAGAGUCCAUGUAAGGAUCUCUUCAAUGACUGCACCAAAAUAGUUCGUGAUUAUCUGAGUGGAGCUCCAUUUUCCUCCUACCAGGAGUCCAUGUACUUCUCUCGCUUCCUGCAGUGGAAAUGGUUGGAGAGGCAACCAGUAACCAAAAAUACCUUCAGACAUUACAGAGUAUUAGGAAAAGGUGGAUUUGGUGAGGUUUGUGCCUGCCAAGUACGUGCCACCGGUAAGAUGUACGCCUGUAAAAAGCUGGAAAAGAAACGAGUGAAGAAAAGAAAAGGUGAAGCAAUGGCACUAAACGAAAAACGCAUUUUAGAAAAAGUUAACAGUAGUUUUGUAGUUAGUCUAGCAUAUGCCUAUGAGACCAAGGAUGCGCUGUGUCUGGUGUUGACCAUAAUGAAUGGCGGAGACUUAAAGUUCCACAUCUACAACAUGGGCAACUCGGGCUUCGACGAGCAGAGGGCCAUCUUCUACGCUGCUGAGAUCUGCUGUGGCCUUGAGGACCUGCACCGUGAGAGGAUAGUCUACAGGGAUUUGAAACCUGAAAACAUCCUUCUGGAUGAUCGUGGACACAUCCGAAUUUCAGACCUGGGCCUUGCUGUUCAAAUCCCUGAAGGAGAGACGAUACGAGGGAGAGUAGGCACUGUUGGAUACAUGGCUCCCGAGGUGAUCCAGAACGAGAGCUACACCUUCAGCCCAGACUGGUGGGGGCUGGGCUGUCUGAUCUUUGAGAUGAUACAGGGCCAGUCCCCCUUCCGCAAGCGCAAAGAGCGCGUCAAGCGGGAGGAGGUGGACAGACGAGUACGCGAGGACCAGGAGGAGUACUCUGAUAAGUUUGCAGAGGAGGCGAAGGACAUCUGUAGACAGCUCCUGGCUAAGGACCCCAAAGACCGGCUGGGUUGUCAGGGUGGAGGGGCCAUAGAGGUCAAGCAGCACCCCAUCUUCAGAAACAUCAACUUCAAACGACUGGAGGCCAACAUGCUGGACCCUCCCUUCAGCCCCGAUCCUCGGGCCGUGUACUGUAAAGAUGUCCUGGACAUUGAGCAGUUCUCCACUGUCAAAGGCGUGAACCUUGACCCCACAGAUGACGACUUCUACCACAAGUUUGUCACAGGCAGUGUCUCCAUCCCGUGGCAGAAUGAGAUGAUUGAGAUGGAGUGCUUCAAAGAAAUCAACGUCUAUGAGACUGAUGGGACGCUGUGCUCAGAUCUGGACAUGAACCGGCCUAAUCCUCCACCAAAGAGAGGCUUCUUUUACCGCCUGUUCAGAAGAGAGGCAAGUGCUAGUGCUCCGGCAACUGUCCGAGGGGGUGGGGGCUAAGGUCUGUUUUAAGAGCGGUUACAGUGACGACGAGAUCGAAGAGCCCUCGCGACUUUAAACCACUCCCUCCACCUGCCCCGCCCCCCUCGCCGCUGAACUUCACCACAAACUCCAACCGAGCGCAAAUCUUAGGAACUCAGUGAAUGUUGACCUGUAUUUAUGAGCUGUAUUAAAAGUGUAUUAUAAUUAAAGAAAAAAGUAUGAGUUUAAAGAUUUUGUACAUUUGUACUUGAAUUUAUGUCUAGAUGUAUAUUUUCACUAAAGGUUGUAUUGUACAAAAAGCCAUAAAAGUACCACUUGAAUGCAUACAUUACAUUUUUAUUUCCUUUUUAUUUUCUUUUGGAAUGAGUAUGGAUAAUGUGUAUUGGGGAGUUUUUUUUAAGAAGCACAGUACCAGUAGUUUUGUUUGUAUUUUCUCAAUGUAGCAUAAGGCCUUUUUUUGUUUUUAUAUGUGCUGUAUGUUUGUCAUUAAUUUGGUGACGUGCUGUUAGCACAUCAGAUCCACCCGGUUCUCAAACUAACCCUUAGCCUCUGCACCCCUCUAGGCUCAGGUAGAUCUAAAUGAACCGCAUAAAUCCAAAUGAUAUAGGGGAAAAUAAAUCCAGUCUAACAGAGCUGUGUUGAUGCCAUGCUGCUUAAGCCUUCCCAUAUGUUUACCACAUCUCCACUUGCCCCUUUGAUUCGAGUUUGGGAGUGAUAAUCCACACCCUUCCCUCAGCCCAGCCAGGCAGGUUGCACUGGACUGGACAGCAUGUGUGGUAAACCGUCUUCUAGGUGCCUGUAGCGACUCAAUUCUAGCAGAGAUGGCAUGGAUUUAUUUCUGACAAUCUUUAAGUCAGCAUGUGCAACGGUUAGUAUAUUUUAAGGAACUAUUACAAAAGCAUUUCUGGGUAAUACAAGGCCUGAUAAUUACCGCUCCUGGACCUCUCUGAAAAUCUCUCAUGAGCUGCAGAAGGCUCAGAUCAACAAUGUCAGAGUGUGUUUCCUUUUGGGAGCACAGCUGUUAAAGGGAUGGUUCUGAUAUUUUGAAGUGGGGUUGUAUAGGGUAUUUAUCCUUAGACAGUAUAUUACUUACAGUAGAUGUCAGUCGGUGUGCCCCCAGUUUGGAGAAGCAGGCUGGAGUCCAACACAGAAGCAAAGCAAUCUAUUGCUGUGGAGGUGUCUGCAACAAAACUUAUCUUAGCCACCUAAAGAGAGAUUUCUAACCGCAAAAUGAAGCUCUCUUCAAAGCCAGACUCCAUUGAGAAAAACAAUGAUUUAAUAUUGCUGAACACAGGAGCUGCUGAUCUACUGCUGCCUCAAUCAGGUGGUUUGUUUGUGUUAUUGUGUGACUUUGGUGAAUCUGAACUAACCUGUUUAAACACCAAAGUGGCACAAUAACCCAAACUAAGUGAUCGAAGCAGCGGUAAACAAGUAGAUCCCAUAUUCAGUGAGCUAAAAUGACUGUUUUUGUCAGUGGAGUCUGGUGGCUUUGACAGGAGCAUAGAUGGGGAACUGAAUUUGUUAACGGCUUGUCCGUUGGACUGGGCUAUCUGACAAAAAAGGUAAAGCAGUUUAAAAUACUCUCAAUAUAACAUACACUUAAACUAAUGUCAAAUUUUUUUAUGUCAGACUUUUUUUUAGGUUGCUAAAAUACCUUUUUGUUGCUGACCCCAAACCACAGCAAUGCCCUGCAUAGCUUCUACUGUUAAUGGUUAAUAGUAAGAACCCCAUACAACCCCACUUCAAAGAAUCUGAACUAUCCCUUUUAAGUAAAUGUCUGUUACAUUUUUCACUCAGGCAAAACACUUUUUUUUAUCUUUAUUCCUCAUCUUUUUUUCUUUUGUUGUGCUACCUGGCUUUUCUUUGCUUUGUUUUUCCUGACGUCUCCAGUAAAGAAAUCCUUCCCCCUGAAAUACCCUAGUAAUUUGCCACCCCUAUUUUUUAGUGUACCAGAAAGUUAACUGAAGAAUGAGUUGGAACACAGAGACAGACGAUGAGGAUGAUGAUGGCACUGUAUCAGAGAUCUGACCUGCAGCUGACAAGGGCUUCAUCUAGAUAACAAAUUGCCAUUGCAUUAAACUAGCUUCCAUUGAUUCAGCUGUCAGCAGCUAUUAGCCUCUGCGCUGAGUCAAGAUACAGCCUGCUUUGGCCUCUGUUGAUCAUAGAUAGUACGAUGCCUGUUGGCCACAUAUCCUGCUAGUAGAUCUCCAGUUAGAUCCAGUGGCUUUAGCUGUAUGUACUAGAUCAAAAUAACAUUUCUUAAUAGCACCCGCCUUUAACAAUCCCAUUGAAAUCCUGUAUGUUGUUCUAUCGUAGGAAUGAUGUGAGACAGUGUGUUGACAGGGAGGAACAUGGGAAUAAUGUUUAUUAGUAUCCUACCUGCAGAGCUACCAUCAUCUGUGUACAGGAACACUUGCAGAACCACAGCUGUUUUGCACUUUUGUUUCAUCAUAAAAGAAAUGUUUCCUUCCAAGUUACUCAAACUGUGUACAAAUGCAUUUUCUGUACAUUUUCCAACAUGUUCUGAUUGUUUGGCAUUUUUUGGGCAUUUGAUGCCUUUUUUUGCUUUUGAAUUUUGUUUUUGAGGCAGUUGCUGUUUACUCCCCACCACCUGGUUUAAUGCUGUGAAUACCCAAUCUGAACAUGUUAGCUUUGUGUGUGUGCAUGUGUGUGUGCGUGUGUAUUACAUUGUAUGCAAAUGCAGCUUUUGUUCAAUCUAAUGCAUUGAAGUACAACAAUACAAUAGUUACAAGUCACGUAGGGACUUGGAUGUCACUCAGUUGGAUUUCAAACCAUUCAAGACUGCUUACAUUUGAAAUGGUACGCAUAUAAUUCCCCAUGUGGUUAACUAAUUUGGAGAGUUGGCUUGUUCUAAAAAAAUGUCCCCUGUUGCACAUUCCAUUAUCAAAAAUUAGGAAUCAAAUGCAUCUGUUGCUGGCUUGUUGUCACUUGAGUUUCUGAGUGUCUUUGUCUUUUUUUAAUUUUAUUUUGUUUUAUUUUAUUUUUUUUUUUUGCUCUCAGGCACAUUUUAAAGCUGAUUUUUCUUGCCUAUGUAGAUUUUAGCCUUUUUGCUCUUUAGCCUCAAAAACCUUGUAAAUGAUGUAUUUCUAACAUGUAACUAAGCUCUAACACACAUUCACUCACUCUCACAGGGAAAUGAAACUGUGUUUGCCACCCAUGCCUCUGUCAUUGUUUGAAUUUACUCUGAUACCAUCCAUAUAGCAGUAAAGAAAUUCUGUUUAGUUUCAUUGCACUAUGGUGUGUUUUGACAAUGACUAUAGGAAGUGUCUUUAACUUUUUUGCCAAUGAUACCAAAAGCAACAUUAAGUAAAGCGAACUUGUCUUGUUAUCGGAAUAAUUUACUAAAGACUGACAGCCUUUAUUGUAUGUGCCAAUUACCGAUCUAAGUUCUGACAUCCCGCCUUUUUUCAACCUCUUUAUCAUUCCGUCCAUUCUGAGAGAAAUUCCUUCACAUAAAGGAACUUUAAACAGCUCAACAGUUUUGAAUGUCCGCACUAAGUGCAUUGUAAUGCCUGUUUUAAAAAAAAUACAUAUGUUUUAUUACUCAAGCAUGUAUCGGUUUGUAAUACUUCAGGUUCCUUGUAUAUGUAAAUGAUGACCUUCUAGUGCCAACAUAUCUCACUGGUAUCUGAGGACAACUUUAUAAAUGGCAAGGUGACCAGCUGAGUUGGCCCCGUUUGAAUUCAGGACAUGCAUUCCUCCUUUCCUCGAUGGCGAGCCUGUCCCUGAAAACUGGGAUGGCACUCACCAGCAACGUUUAGUUUCUUGAUGUCACUUGAGUUUUGGGAUAACCACCGAUAAAUGCCUGGAGGUUCACCAGGGUUUCACAUUCUUCUGUCCAGAUAUGUCAGAUAAGUGAUAUUUUCGAGGAAGGGAGGAAUGACAAAUGCAUUAUUGGCAUUCAGAUGGGGCCUGGGACUUCUUGAUUUUUCUUCUUUUUUUUGUAUCUGUACAGUCAUGUUGUUCAACCACUGCAGUCAUUGUUAAUUCUUGUACAAGUUGUAUCACUGGUUGUUGUACCAUAUCUGACAUUUGUAAUUAUGAAAUAAUACACUGCCAUUUGUAUAAAAA